AUGGCUCCCACACUCUCCAGCAAGAAGACCCCGGCUGUCACCUCAGAUGCCGCUUCUGAAAUCACUCUCGUGAACCCCGGGAAAGGUACAGUGACACCAAUUGGCAAUAAAUCCACAUAUACAUCGACCACAUUGGGUUCAUCCUCCUCCGGUCCUCGAAGCUUCAAGACAGCCGUCAAGGACGAAUUCAGGAAGUUCAAGAGCGAAGUCCACAAGAGCACCGUCGACCCGCAUAAGUCUUGGGAGGCUCGAUACUGUAAGACACCUCGCCUGCCCUCCCCAACCCCCUCACUUACAUAUCGCUAA